UCUUAGUUUGUUUAUGCUAGCAGAAAGCAAACAGCAAAAAAAAGAGACAAAUGGAUUCUUGAUCAACACAUGAUUUUGUAAGUUUUAAAGCUUUUACUUAUAUUGAAAAUUACAGCAAUGAGGGAAGAGGAAUGCAAGAUGUUGAUUCGUGCUAUAGUAACGUCCAUACCACAUGCCAUUGAUAUCAGGGUUAUGGCUAAGGAGUUUUUUGAUACCAUCGGACAUGAAAUACCAUAUAAGCAGUUUGGGUUUAAAUCAUUGGAGCUCUAUUUGAAAUCUAUUCCGGAUGUUGUUUCAGUGCAUGGGACAGGCAGUUUUGCAACAGUAUCAGUGGUGUGUGUGGAAAAGACUGCUCACAUCCGAGAAAUGGUGCUGAAGCAGAAGCAGGGAAAGAGAAAACCAUUUAGGAAUAACAACAACCACACAUAUAUCAAUAGGAAUAAUGGGUUCCGUGCAAAACCAAAUUUUAGGAUUCAGACAAACCAUUAUAAACCUAUACAAAGCAAGUAUGAGACUCAGGUUGUGCAGAAUGAUACUGCAGAGGUGAGAAAGGAAGAGGAAAGUGAUUGCAAAGAGGUAUCUGAUGGUGUGGAAGAUGAGGUGGUGGUGGUGAAGCAGAACGUCGAAAAGAAUGUGAAGAUAUUUAUAGAAUCUGUUAAGAUUAAUUACAACGUGCCGAACGACGUGCAGCUGAAACUGAAGAUGUUGAUCGACUCGUAUCCGAAUGGAAUGUGGUGCUCGAAUCUGCCGAUCUUCUAUCGGGACAAAUUCAAGGAUAACCUGCAGUACGCCAAAUACGGGUACAUUUCGAUAAUACACAUGUGCAGUUCGUUACCCGCUAUUUUCAAGUACCAGCAGGUUAACCAAGGCGACUACCGUUUGUAUAAUAUCAAUGCGAAUAUCGUGGAGGCUUCGGAAACUGAAUUGCUGAAGCAGAUCGAAGAUUUUAAUACGAUCUACGAAGAAGACGUUCUCUCUCCGCACGUCUCGGAUUUUUUAAAUGAAAAGCUGCUCGAAAUAAUUGAACUGGGCUCGGAGAUUGAGGAGCUGAAGCUGAAGCUGCCGUACAGCGAGGACGACUACAUGGACAUCAUCUUAACUGAGAUCUUCGAUCCGAGUAAGUUCUGGUUCAGCCUGAUGGAGAACGAGGAGCAGAUCAACAACUUAGUGUACGGUCUGAACGAGUUCUGCAAGACCCAUCUGGACAAGUACCUGGUACGUGAGGAGGACUACAAAGUAGGACUGUACUGCGCGGUCAAGUUCCAGAACAUCUUUCAUCGGGCGAAGAUUAUUAGCGUAACAUCAGUAAACGAUUCGGUUCAGGUCUUCUACAUUGAUUACGGCACGUUCCUGUGGUUACCCAAAGAGCAGAUCUGCUAUCUGCACAAGAGUUUUGCGAAAAUGCCGGCGCAGGCUUUGAGAGGUUGCCUUGCCAACAUACAGCCUUUGAACAGGAACACGCGAUGGGACAGCAAAGCCACGCAGAACUUCAUACAGCUCGCCGUCAAUCGGAGAUUGGUAGCGAACAUCCAAAGAGUUCAGGAUGGAUAUUACGAGUUGAUCAUCGCGGACACGAACGGACCGAAAGACAUUUAUAUUAACGACAGUUUAGUGCUGAACGGUCACGGGCUGUUCAAUCAUCAGUGUGUAUGCGAAAAGGAACAAAUUGAGAUCGCGCUCCACGAGGACAACGUGCCAAACGUAUCGGACAUCCAUCUGUAUCCGACGUUCGAGGAUCUCGAGUCCGGACAGAUGCCCAACUUCAUGGAGCUGUGCACUAUCUUGAACGUAGGUGUUCCCUACAAUUCCAUUUUUCCUAAGUAUUUCGAGGCUCGCUGCGCGAAACUCGACCUCGUCCAACAAUUCAAAGAUUUCCUCAUUAAGAAAUGACGUAAAUAAUUAUAGACUACUUUUUUUUUA